CUUGAUUUAUUUAUUAUUUUUUAAUUCUCGUAACUGUAGUAUUUAUUUUGAACUUUACAUUUUCUUCUUUUUCAUCUUUCAAUUCUUGCAGCUUUGCGAAAACCUACCAGCCAACAGAUUUAUUUUUUAUUCAGAAGAAGGUUGCUGAAGUGUGGAAUCACAGUGACAGGUGUUGGUUUGGUAAUAUUGACUUUGGGGAGCGAAAGUUCUGUAUAUGCAUUAUGGAAGGUAGAGAAGGUAUGAAUCCUGGGGUAACAGUUAUAGGUGCAGAAGCUCCGUCAGCUUAUCAUGUAGCUCCAAGGACUGAAGCUCCGAACCAGGUUCAUAACCCCGAAGCAGUAGCAGCAUCGGCCGCGGGAGGUGUUGCUGCCGCUGAUGCUGUUCCUGUUGGUGUUGGUGUUGGUGUCAGUGUCUCACCAGUGAGUGUAGGUUUGGAUGGAUCAGUCAAGAAGAAAAGGGGUAGACCAAGGAAAUACGGGCCAGAUGGGUCUGUCAACAUGCCGUUGUCACCAUUGCCUAUCUCAUCUUCGGCCCCCCCUUCUUCUAAUGACUUUUCGUCUGUGAAGCGAGGGAAACCGCAGGGGAUGGAAUACAAGAGGGCGAAAAAAGUUGUGAUGGAUCAUCUUGGUGAGAUGAAUGGACACUCUGAUGGCACAAACUUUAUGCCGCAUUUCAUCACUGUCAAUGCUGGCGAGGACAUUACAAAUAAGGUAAUAUCGUUUUCGCAACAAGGGCCGCGAGCAAUAUGCGUCUUAUCGGCUAAUGGCGUGAUUUCAAAUGUUACACUCCGUCACCCAGAUUCUUCCGGGGGUACUUUGACUUACGAGGGUCGGUUUGAGAUACUUUCCUUGGCUGGAUCAUUCAUGCCUACUGACAACCAAGGAACAAGAAGCAGGGCAGGUGGAAUGAGCGUCUCGUUGGCAAGCCCUGAUGGCCGCGUAGUAGGCGGUGGAGUUGCUGGUGUUCUUAUAGCUGCCACUCCUGUGCAGGUGGUGGUGGGAAGUUUUCUACCAAGCGGCCAAGAACAGAAACUAAAGAAGCCAAAGGCUGCUGAUUAUGCAGCAGCCACAUUUACUCAAGCGACCGAAGUAUCCGCAGAGCCGCCACCAGCCCAACCUAGUAAUGCUGAAAAAGAGGAUGUCAUGGGUGGCGGUGGACAUGGCGGUGGACAUGUACUUCAAAAUUCUGGAACCACAACCACCCUUAACUCAAAUUUUACCUCUCCUCCACCUCCCACCGCCUUUCGAAGAGACAACUGGGUCAACAUGCACGCCAUGCCGGACACAAGAAAGUCCCCUACUGAUAUAAACAUAUCUUUGCCUGAUAGUUAAGUCGAUGAUCGCCUUGCAAAUUGUUUGGCCUGACGAAACUUGGCACCGAGAUGUUUUAUUUUAUUUUAUGUUACAAUGUUCUCUCUAUUAUCUUAGAUUUGGUUUAAACAUGUUUGAUAUCUGUUACUAUAGGGUGUAGUUGACAGUGUUGGUAGUUGCAGCUAGGUAGAGUAUGAGUAUCUCCGAUUUUUCGGCUGAUUAGGUAGAUACAGCACAAUGAAUGGAUUAUCAUGAUGAUGAGCAGGCUAAUUCUGAUGUAAUGUUACCUUGUUUGCCUAUUUACUUAGGACUGCAUUUGUUGAA